UUGGACGAAGUCGGUGUAAGUGUGUGGUGACUUGGAGCUCUUUUGGAUUUUGCAGAAGUAGUUUGUGGUCGGUUUGUAUCUCGACCUACUACUUGGAGCGGCGGUGGCCGCAUGGGCUCGAAUUAUCGAGAUCAUGGGAGUGACGAUCGUCGGGAUCGGAGUUGGGAUAGAGGGCGGGAGUCGGGAGGAUACGAUGGAGGACGUGACCGACGGGGCGAAGGGCGUAGGGAGCGAUCUAUCGAAAGGGGAAGCUCCAGCUACACGGGUCAGAGGGAGGCACCUAACCGGUUUGCACCGGUCUGUUUUGAAUGCGGAGAGCCUGGGCAUUAUAGGAACCAGUGCCCGAAGUUGGGACGUGACGGUACCUCAAGAGUAGUCGGUCAACGUGGCAGGUCGCUUUCGCCACGGCAACAGUUACGAUACCCCGAGCCGCGAGCUUCUUUGGAAGAUCCCGCUGUUAAGCGUCAGAUAGAGGAAUUAGCCGCGUCUAUGGCAAUGAUGAAGGAGGUGUUCAAUGCGGAAACAGCAGCUAAGGAAGAAAAGAAAAAGAAGAAGAUGGAGAAGUUGGAGCAUAAUAAAAAGGAGGAGGAAGAUGCCCAAGCGGCCGAGGAAGCACGUUUAGCCAACCAGAGGCGUGCGGAACGGAAGGAGGCAAAGCUGCGUAAGGAAGAGGAGGACCGGCAGUUGUUGUUGAAGGAGUUGCUCAUGGAGCUCUCCCUUCGCAUGGGAAAGUUGGAUGAGUCUCUUCAGCAUCGCUAUGAGCGGGAAGUCAAGGAGCGAGCCAAAGGCAAGCAUAAGGCAGUAGUCUCAUCUUCCGAUGAUGACGACCCGGAUUCCUACGAAAGCGAGGUGGAAUCGCUGAGUCGUAAGACCGAGAAGCUUGUCAUCUCGGAAAAAAGGAAACGAGGAGCUGAGAAGCAGGUUGGCGACAGCCCGCCGAUGGUAACACCAGCGAAGCGAACAGCCAAACGAAGACUUCAGCUCGGUUGUCGUCAUCAGUUAAUGAAGAAGACACCUCCAUGUAAGACACCGGGCACGGGCCGGAGGAAGAUCCCGGCUGCCUCGGGUACAAUCGGGAAACUCAAAUUUGUGACAGACAACUUGAGGGAAUUGGGUGAUAUGACUGUGGAAGAAUUGAAGAAGAUCUGCCAGUCAGAAGACGUGGAGUACGAAGGUAAGAAAAUGCAGGCGAUUCUGGCUAUUGCUGAAAAACGCACGCAUAUCGCUUAUGGUGAUGAGGAGGCGAAGGUUCAGGGUGAGGAAACGGGGGAGAAUCAAGUGGACCAUGGCGGAGAAGAAGACGUGGUGGAGGAUAGCUAUGCAUGAACGAAUAGUAAGUUGUGGGCUCUCUGCGAUUGUCUGAUUGCUUCACGUCGGGAGAACAUUUACAAUGAGGCUGUC